AUGCCCUCAUUCAGAGAACAAAUGAAGGGUUUUCCGCUAUGGCAAAUGACUGUCAUUUGCAUCAUUCGAUUUUCUGAACCCAUCGCCUUCACGUCCCUUUUUCCCUAUGUCUACUUCAUGAUUCGAGAUUUUCAUAUCGUCGACGACCCUGCAAAAAUCUCCAAGUACACUGGAUAUAUGGGAGCAUCCUUCGCCUUUGCCCAGUUUCUCUGCUGCAUUCACUGGGGUCGGCUCUCCGAUCGUAUUGGCCGCAAGCCAGUGCUUCUUCUAGGUCUUCUAGGCACUGCUACUUCCCUUCUCAUAUUUGGUUUCUCAACAAACUUCUAUAUGGCUAUCACUGCUCGAACGCUUAUGGGUGCUCUCAACGGCAAUAUUGCUGUUUUGCAAACCAUGGUCGGUGAGGUGGUCAAGGAAAGAAGGCAUCAGUCGAUGGCAUUUUCCUGUCUUCCGCUCCUAUGGAAUGUAGGGUGUGUGGUAGGGCCUUCCAUUGGCGGCUCCAGAAUUUUCACAAGACCCAAAAUGUCUUCAGGCGAUGUCAAAUCUUUGGGUUCGUAUGAUCGCUUUGUUGAAAAGCACCCGUACGCCAUGUCAAAUGUUGUUGUUGCAUGUCUUCUUCUCUUCAGUUUCGUGGUAGGGCUUUUAUUCCUUGAGGAAACUCAACUCAAAGCGAAGUUGAAGUAUGACUACGGCCUAGCAUUCGGUGAUCGCAUACUUAUCGUGUUAGGAUUUUCGCCGCUGGCUCAAAGUAAAAAGAGCGAAGACAUCCAAGAGACACCUUCAGAAACGACUCCAUUGACCUCAGAUGCGAUUUAUGACUCCAUAGACGAGAGUGCGUUUGAAGAGGAUGAUGAUGACCGUUCAAUCAGCUCUUUCGAUCAACCGUUAACUCGUAGGACUUCGUUGGCGAUCAUCCGCCGCUACUCGAGUUCUUCACUUCAACGCACCACAACCAACACAUCAGUUUUUGACGAGACGAAAAGUAUUUUCAAAGCGUUCCGCAACAAGAAAAUCUUCAGCAAUAAGGUGCGGGCCACCAUUCUUGCAUACUUUUGUCUCUCCUUCCAUGCCCUUGUUCACUCAGAAUUCUUGCCUGUCUUUCUUGCUGGUAAAUUCCAACCUGAGCUGCUUCAGUUCCCUUGGCACUACAAGGGUGGUAUGUCGUGGGAGACCAGCAGAAUUGGUUCGUUACUAUCAACAACGGGCUUUGGUGGUUGUUUCAUCAUUAUUGUUGUGUUCCCCAUCUUAGAUAGACACAUGAGGAACAUCGACGUCCUAAGAAUUGCGUCUGUUGUAUUCCCUGUGGCAUACCUCCUCGUGCCAUAUACCAUCUUCACUCGCCCAGAGUAUGAGCCUAAAUUUCCUUCAUGGCUCUCGACUGCUGGAGUCUACACAUGUGCAUCAUUCCAAAGUGCGGCAGCAGCGCUCUCGUUUCCUCAGAUGGUGAUCUUGGUGUAUCGUGCAACUAUUCCCAAACACCGUGCCUUUGUUAACUCGACCGCCAUCAGCUGCACAGCACUUGCACGUUGUGUAGCGCCAUUGCUCUGGGGAGCUUUGAUGUCAUUCUUCGAUAGUAGAGGAGUCGGUCAGGUGUCGUGGAACAUCCUUGCUGUUAUAGCGCUAUUCACGCUGAUUCUUGCCUUCAAAUUAGAUGAGUACGACGAGGACCUACAUCGAGAUGACCAAAUGGCUUAA